AUGCCGAACAGCAAGUCUACAGAAAAUAAAGAUUCCCAUUCAAUUUUUGAUAUCUUUGAUUUAGAAUCGGAAGAUUUUUGGUAUUCAAUCUGGAUUCUGGUUAGAGAAGUGAAAUGGUAUAUCGACCUUGCAAGCCUCGUAAUCGCUUUCGUCGGAUUUUUCGGCAAUAUUUUCCAUCUAGCAGUUCUGACUCGAAAGUCAAUGAGAAUCUUAUCAGUUUCUACAUUUCUCAUUAGCAUUGCUAUUUGUGACUUUGUUCGAAUGAUGUCCACUAUAGUCACACUAUCACCAAUAUUCUAUCGAGAGUAUUUAUCAUUGCAUGUUCGUUUGAAAUGUCAACCUCCCCCUUCAUAUCUUGAAAUGUACAUCAUAUAUGUAUUUCAUUCACUCGAAACUGUUUCUAUGAAUUUAUCAGUUUGGUUUGCAGUUUUUAUGACUAUUUUCCGAGCUCUUGCUAUCCGAUACCCACUCAAUAAACGAAUCAAGUCACUCAUUACCUCUGAAUCCGGUUUAUGUACAGUCAUCACGAUUACCAUCUUAAUUCUCCCAUUCUGCUGUCUCAGCUUCUUCCUAAGGACACUUUUCCCAGCUUCCACGUGGUAUCCUUCUCCAGGUUGUAAAAAAUUCUCUAAAGGCUAUACGCAAAUCCAAUAUCGGCUUCUGGCAACUGAAUUAUCGGGAGAACUUGGAACGGAGACAAGUGAAAUAAUGCAGAAAGUUGAAGGAUUGUUAUUCAAAUUUCUUCCAUCUGUAGUUCUAUCGCUUGCAACUUUUGCUUUGGUUUUUGCGAUCAGAAAACAUAAGAAGAAAAACUGUACGCCAGGAAACAAAAGUGACAAGGAGAAAACCACAAAAUUAGUUUCCUUUGUCACUUUUACAUUUCUCAUUGCAAUUGUUCCACAAGGAAUCCUGUUCAUGAUCAUGUUCAAAGUGUUUGAGACAUCUAUGAUGGGAGCUGUAAUCGAUGAAUUGUCAACUGCAUUAUCAUUUUUAUCAGUUAUCAAUGGAACUAUCCAUUUGUUGAUUAUUUAUUUUAUGUGUUCUGAAUACCGAAAAACUAUAAGGUGUAUGUUUUGCCGAAAAAGCAAGCCUUCAAUUUCGGCCAUCACUCUCACGGAGACUGGAAAUAUGACUCACAACACGAAGAAUACAAUUUAA